AUGUCGACUUCACUCCGUACACUAACAUCAACAACACGUCUCGCGACAUCCACAACACGUCUCGCGACAUCAACAACGCGCCCGAUCCGGACAUCAUGUUCAAGAUGGCAGGCUCGACGAGCAUUUGCCGCCUCUGCACGGCCGCAGCUCGCGGUCUCAGAGAUGGCUGAACGCGAUUUGGCCUCUUUGAAGAUCGACCAAGGCCGACUGAUGAACGACAUCCACUCGACAUCAGAAUGGGGAAAGGGAGAACGAUGGGGAGAUGGCGAUACAGAAAUUGGCAUGUCUCGCCUGAGUCUUUCCGAUGCGGACAAGAAGGCACGAGAUUGGUUUGCAGAGACAACGAAGGCUUUGGGAUGCAAAGUCACGGUCGACGCAAUGGGAAACCAGUUCGCUGUCAGGCCUGGGUUGGAGAGGGGUUAUCCUGUCUACGCUGGCUCGCACCUGGACACACAGCCGACUGGAGGCAGAUAUGAUGGUAUUCUCGGUGUCUGUGCUGGUGUAGAAAUGCUCAAGACCCUCAACGACAACUGGGUGGAGACUGCCUACCCCGUCGGCGUGGUAAAUUGGACGAACGAAGAAGGCGCUCGCUUCCCAAAAUCAAUGGUAUCUUCAGGCGUAUGGGCAGGGUCGAUUCCUAUAGAAGACGCGCACAACCUGAAGUCAGUCAUUCCAGCCAACGACACAGCAACCAUGAAGUCCGAGCUCGAACGCAUUGGCUACCUGGGCAAGACUCCUGCGUCACACAAGAAUACUCCUAUGGCCGCACACUUUGAACUGCACAUCGAACAAGGUCCCAUCCUUGAAGCGGAGAACCGUCGCAUUGGCGUAGUCGAAGGCGUUCAAUCUUACAAAUGGUUCACGCUGACCGUUCACGGCCUCGACAGCCACACCGGCGCCACAAGCUUCCAACACCGCGCAGACUCUCUCUUAACAGCCUCGAAAAUGAUCGUCGCCAGCCACAAGAUCGCACACAAGCACCAUGCUCUUGCCAGCACCGGCAUCUUGAAUCUUGAACCGGGCAGUACAAAUACCGUCCCUGGCUUCGUGCAGUUUAGCCUCGACAUCCGCUCCCCUCAUGACAGUACUGUUGAGACAGUCGAAGCUGAAUGCCGCGAAGCAUUCUCCGCCAUCGCCGCCGGCAAAGACGACUUCGGCACCGCGUCCAGCUCACGCCACUGCACAGUCGAAUGGCGCACAGACUUUACCAGUCCCGCUACGCACUUUUCUACCGAUUGCAUUUCUUGUGUGAAAGGUGCCGGCGCAGCAUUGUGCGGUGUCAACGCUCGAGGCGAGCAUGAGCUGGGCGCUGGCCAUGUAGAGGGCAAGAAUAUUGGCAGCUGGGGAAAGUUGAUGACGAGUGGAGCUGGACAUGAUAGUGUUUAUGCGAGUAAGCAUUGUCCGACCAGUAUGAUUUUUGUGCCUUGUCGAGAGGGAGUAAGUCAUAAUCCGCGGGAAUUCAGCACACCAGAGCAGUGCGGAGAUGGAGCCAAUGUGUUGAUGGGUGCGGUCUUGAGGUUUGAUAAGAUGAGGCAUCAGAGAGGAGGAUGA